AUGUGUCUCCAAUUAGAGCAAGGCCUUCAAGAAGCAAAAAUUGAAAAAUACAUGUCUGGUGAGCUACCCGUUAAAAAAAAGAAAAUUUCUUAG